UACGGGCAUCUUUUACCUUUUCAUUGCGUUUUAAAGCAGCGUGUAAGCUAAAAAGACUGCAUAGUUAAAAUAAAUAAUACAUAAUUGUCCUGCUAUUUCCAGCGUCAAACGCGUCGCAUGUGCUGACACCCGCACACCUGCGUCUGUUACAUCGCGUUAUGUCAGGUUUUCUGCUGUAAAUCAGCCGCUGUGAGCUGUGAUCAGAUCUGCUCUGCGCUGUAGUGUGGACGAUGGAGAUAUAGAGAGAUACAGAUGGACGGAAAUUAAGCGUGCUGUGUAAUAACGCGCAUGUCGUCGCGCGCUCCCGCUCGAGUGUAGUCGCGUGAUGCGCGCGGUCCACACGGAUUAUUGAGAUCUGUAACACUACAGUGAAUGAUGUACUCUCCGGCGGUCGAUGCAGGAGUGAUGGUGGUGGAGAAGGAUCCGGCUCUGAGCGGUGCGCACUCACCUGUGGACUACAUGAGCAUCACCAGCUUCCCUAGACUCGCAGAAGAUGAAGCUUCAGCAGACAACAUCCUCCGAUCACGCAAAGGCAAUGAGACCUUCCUCAGCGAGCAGGACACAGGUCCUCCUCUGCCCUCCUCUGCCUCGGACCUGGCCAGUCGGGACAUGUCUCCUCUGAGAGAGACCAGCAGAGACCCGCUGGCACAGGACUGCGCCUGCACACGGGACGGGCUGACCGUCAUCAUCACCGCCUGCCUGACCUUCGCCACAGGGGUCACCGUGGCCCUCAUCAUGCAGAUCUACUUCGGAGACCCACAGGUGUAUAACCAGGCGGCGGUGGUGACGGACGUGGCCCGCUGCACGUCUCUGGGCUUCGAGGUUCUGGCCCAGCAGGGCUCCAGCGUUGAUGCUGCUAUAGCCGCUUCGCUCUGCCUGGGCAUCACCCAUCCACACACCUCGGGCAUCGGCGGCGGCGGCGUGAUGCUGGUCCAUGACAUCCGCAGGAACGAGAGCCGGGUCAUUGACUUCCGGGAGACGGCUCCCUCCGGGAUUCACCAGGACAUGAUGUUACAUGUUCAUCAGAAGUCAGGUCUGUUAGUGGCUGUUCCCGGGAUGAUCCGUGGACUACACCAAGCUCACCAGCUCUACGGGAGGUUGCUGUGGAAAGACGUGGUCACGAUGGCUGCCGAUGUGGCGAGGACGGGAUUCAAUGUGACGCAUGAGCUGGCUGCUGCGCUGUCCCAGGUGAAGGAGCAGAACGUGUCGGAUGCGUUCAGAGACGUGUUCCUGCCGAACGCUCAGGCUCCCCCCGCGGGACUCUUCACCAAACGGCUGGAUUUAGCUGCUGUCUUGGACAGGAUCGCAGCCAAUGGAGUCUCCGAGUUCUACAGCGGGAAUCUGACACAGGAAAUGACAUCAGUGGUUGAAGCUAAAGGCGGUGUGCUGACGGAGGAGGACUUCAGAAACUACACCACUGUCAUACAGAAGCCACUGCAAACUCUUUACCAGGGUUACCAGGUGUUCGUUCCCCCUCCGCCCCACGCAGGAGCCGCCCUGCUGUCCGCUCUUAACAUCCUGGAGGGCUUUAACAUCACACGCCAGGCGUCCAGGAGCAGCGUUCAGCACUGGACCGCUGAGUCUCUGAAGAUCGCUUUGUCUCAGGCCAGUGGACUGGGAGACUCCAGGUUUGAUUCAUCGGUUUCUGAGCUUGUGACGCAGAUGCUCAGUAAAGAGCAGGCUGCUGUGCUCCGGCAGAAGAUCAGUGACUCCCAGGCGUCUGCGGCCGAGCUCUACACCCCGUCAUACGAGCUGCAGGAGGGCGCUGUGGCCAGCCAGCUCAUGGUCAUGGGCACCGAUGACUUGAUCGUGUCUGUUAUGAGCUCUCUAAACCGUCCGUUUGGAAGCGGCAUCGUGACGUCGUCUGGGAUCCUCCUGAACAGUCAGAUGCUGGACUUCUCCUGGCCCAACAAAACACACCGCCCCGCAGCUCUCAAUCAGCGUAACCGCAUUGAGCCGGGCAAGAGGCCGGCCUCGUUCCUGACGCCCAUGGUGGUGCGUCCGUCCAUCGGGGUGUGUGGCACAUACGUGGCGCUGGCCUCCUCUAACGGCGAGCGGGCGCUGAGCGGCAUCACACAGGUUCUGGUCAAUGUUUUGUCCUCCCGUAAUAACAUGAGUGAGAGCGUGUCCUACGGCAGACUGCAUCCUCUCGUCCAGAACAACACCCUGCUGGUGGACUCUCAGUUUCUGGAGGCGGAUGUGAAGUCUCUGAUGCAGAAGGGUCAUGAUGUGCGUAAGGUGGACAUCAUCUCGCUGGUGGAGGGGACCCGGAGGACCAAUGAGCUGAUCAUCGGUGUGAAGGACCCACGCAGCACUGACGCCUCGGCGCUGUCCAUGUCCAUGCCCUAGACACACACACACACACACACACACACACACUCACUCAGACACACUCUCUCUAUCUGCUGCUUCUCUCGUAUGCUGUUUGUGUAAUAAAACAGGGAUGUUAAGAGGUUUCCAAGCUCCCUUCUGCCGCACCACAAACACAGAAAAACAAUGACAUGUGACUCCUCUUUGUUGGUUUUGUUUAAUUUACCUAAAUAUUUCAAGGACUAUGCAUGUUAUCACACAUGGCUGGACAAGUUAAAGCAAUAGUUCACCCAAAAAUGAAAUUGAUGAAACUUUACUGAUGAAGGUUAAUCAGGUUUGGAGAAAUGUAGCACUGCAUCGGUGUCUCAGCAAAUAGAUGCUCUGCAGUGGAUGGGUGCCGUCAGAAUGAGAGAAACAUCACAAUAAUCCACACCACUUUGCUUAAUUCCUCCAAAUCUGUCCUGUUGAAGACACAAACUCAUCUUUGAAGGUCUAGGGCUGAAUAAACUUUCACUUCUCAGUGAACUAUUCCUUUAACUGUUUAACUGCUCCAACACAAAAAUCAUUUGGACACAUCUACUCGCUAUUUAUUGAUAUUUUCCACAUCGGACGUGGAAUUAUAGUGAAGACAUUAAAACAAAAGUAUGAAGCAUGAGAAUUAUGAAGUGAAAAUAUUAGUGCUUAUUCAGUGGCCAGCGUUUGUCACACUUCUGUCAGAAACCCUCACGAGGAGCAUCUUGGGAUGCUUCAAACAAAUAAACAGUAUUGAAGGAUGCUUCAUGUGUCCUGCUGGCUGCUUCUCCUUCACUCAUAAGAUCACAAGGAUCAGAUUCAGUCAAGUGUGUCCAAAUGUUUUACUUGCAUAUCGGAUGUCUUUUUAUUAUCAUAAUCAAGAGUUAUUUGAGGAUCUUAUUGUGUGAAUUACUCCAGUGGCAGAUAAAGGCAAAUUAAAUUAGUUUUUUUCAUUCCUGGUCUUCAUGACAUAUGUUCACAAAUGUGAGUAAAUGUUACUUGAAGUGAAUGAAUGCUCCUGUUUCUGAAUGAAUGGUGGUACAUACAGUGGUGGCCAAAAUGAUUAGAACAAUAGUAUUUUCACUAGAUUAAAAAUGGUUUUAAGUCAGUUACUUCUAUCUUUUGCUGUAGUGUGUCAUUAAUGAAAUGGUUUUACAUGAUUGAAGAGAAAUCAGUCAGUAGUGAAAUAUGAGGUAAACAAGAUUGAUUUUCUUCUAAACUUUCAAAUGCAGUUUGAUAUAUGCCGUAAUUGUUAUUUACGUUAAUAAUUUUAUUUUGAAUUCUGGAUAUCAAUUUGCUGAUUUAAUAAUAAUGCAUUUUCUUUUCUUUUUUAUGUGGAAACCGUGAAAUGAAGUUACAGUUUAUGCACAUAUUUCUGAAAGACAAUCAGUGAUUAUCUAAAAGUGAAAGUGAGCUUCCUGUUAAUGGGCAUAUUUGGUAUUUUCUGCCACAAUCAAAUAUUAUUGCACUAUUACAGCAUUCGCUUUACAAUGACAAUCAAGAAUAAAUAUUCAAUUGUAGUGUAGUUUCUGGCAUUAUUUCAAUCUCAUUCAGCAUGCAGUUGGGUGAUCUAUAUUAUAUACUCAGCUAGUCCAUCAUCCUUCCUGGAAGACAGCUGCCACAUCUGACCGUUCCUUCUACAACUAAACAUAUUUUCAUGUUUAAAAAAAGUAUAUAUAUUAUUAUUAUUUUUUUUUUUUUUCAGAAGUUGUUUGCUGAAGCAUUGAGAAAAAAAAUCAAUCUGUGUUUUCUUAGUGUCUAAUAUGUAUUUGUCAGAUAUGUUGUGUCAAGCUAUUAUAGCAGGUUUAAUCACGGCUGUCAGUGUUGGUCAGAUGAAACAGCUCUCUGCAUGCUGUCCCUAACACCAUUGAUGUAAACGCUUACCAUAACAUCACAUAAUUGUAAUCUGUAAUUUUUGGAUGAAUAAAGAACACCUUUCAA